AUGGGUAUGUCGUACGAGGAUGCCGAGAUUGUUCUGGAUCCGGGAACUCAGAAGCCAAGGUGGAAAGUCAAGUUCACAUGUGAUGAGCAGGGAUCCCGCAGCUACGCGGUUCCUCUCGGAGAAAAUUUCCAAACCUUCGAUGUCCUCAUGGGCUGCGAUGGUGCACGCAGCCGUGUUCGAGAGUCGCAGAAGAAGAUCUUCGGAGAGGCAAGAUGUGACUAA